AUGCAUCCAGGACCUCCCCAUUGCUGGCUGUUCGGCCAUAUCAAGGUCUUCAACCAAGUCGCAGCAUUGAUGCCACCAAACACUCACCCGCAGCUCUUCUACACAGAAAUGGUCCGCUCAUACAACCUUGAAGCGAUAUUUUAUCUCGAUCUCUGGUCUAUAGGCCCUGGCAUGGUCAUGAUUACUGAUCCUAAGCUCAUGGACAACUCAUCACUUCCGAAACCUCUUCCUAUACACCCCUUUACUGCAAUAUUCCUGAAGCCAAUGUUUGGCGAGGGAACAAUGGCAGCAGCCAACGGCACGCUAUGGAGGAAGAUGACCACAGCUGUUAGUCCGGCUUUCUCGAUGGGUCAUGUCCUAGGAUGA